GCGGCGCGGGCCGGGCCGGGAGGAGGCGGUGCUGGGGCUUCUCCCGCUCGGCCGCGGCGGAACCGAAAGCGGCGGGCGGGGGAGAGGAAGGAGGGGCGGGCGCGGGGUGCGGUGGCGCGCGGAGGGCCGGGAAUGCCCGCGGCGCAGGGCUCCAGAGCUGCCCGGUGGCCGCGUCCGGGCAAUGGCCCUCCGUCUGGUCUCCGACUUCGAUCUCGGGAAGGACGUGCUCCCGUGGCUGCGGGCACAGCGGGCGGCGUUAGUGGCCGCUGGGGCCGGAGGCGGAGGCCCAGGUGUUUUAGAAAACAAUUAUGAGAGCUUACGUGUACUAAAUGUUGAAAGAAAUGGAAAUAUUAUUUAUACCUAUAAGGAUGAUAAGGGAAAUGUCUUCUUUGGAUUGUAUGAUUACCAGACCAAACAAAAUGAGCAUCUCUAUACAUUUGAGAAAGACUUGCAAGUUGUCAGUUGCUCAGUCAACAGGGAGAGAACUUUGCUGGCUGCAAGUUUAGUUCAAGCUGCUAAAGAGGGAAGAAGGAAUGAGCUUCAACCAGGUUCAAGGUGCUUAACUUUGUUGGUCGAGAUCCACCCCAUUAACAAUGUGAAGGUUCUAAAAGCAGUGGAUAGCUAUAUUUGGGUACAGUUCCUCUACCCACAUGUUGAAAGUCACCCGCUACCAGAGAGUCAUCUGCUACUGAUUUCAGAAGAGAAAUAUAUUGAACAACUUCAUAUCCAAGUUACCCAAGAAGAUGGAAAUAGAGUGGUAAUUAAAAAUUCUGGCCAUCUCCCAAGACAGAGAGUAGCCGAAGAUUUUGUUUGGGCUCAGUGGGAUAUGUCAGAGCAGAGAUUAUACUACAUUGAUCUGAAGAAAUCAAGGAGUGUCUUAAAAUGCAUCCAGUUUUAUGCUGAUGAGCACUUUAGCUUAAUGUUUGAAGCACCCUUGGACGUAUCAUUAAGUGAUUCAGGAUUCAAACUUGUCAACUUUGGAUAUGAUGAUCUUCAAGACCAAGAGAAAUUAUCCAAACACCCAACCUUGUGUGUUUUUACCAACCAUGCAGGAAGUUUGUGUGUAUGUUACUGCCCGAACUUUGACUCUUGGGAGCAAAUCACGUAUUCAGUGCUUUACUUUCAUAAAGGGCACGGCAAGACCUUCACUGCUACUCUUGGGCGUGUUGACUCACGUGUGACAAAGGGCAUUACUUUUCUCAGCCUUGACUAUUAUGUAGCUGUUUACUUGCCUGGUCAUUUCUUUCAUCUACUUAACAUUCAACAUCCAGACCUGAUCUGCCACAGUCUGUUUCUGACAGGAAACAGUGAAGUGAUUGAUAUGCUACCUCAUAGUCCUUUACAGUCACUGUCAGGAUCCCUGGUCCUGGAUUGGGGUUCUGGAAAGCUCUAUAGGGCACUCCUCAACCAGUCAUAUUUAUUGGAGUUCCUGUGGAACACCCGGCUGGACUGCGAGAAGCUGGCCUUGUUGCACUGUGUGCUCUCAUGUGGCCGAGACCCACGGCGACUGGAAGCCAAGAUUAUUCAGUGGAUUUCUGAGAACAUCUCUGCCUGCCAUUCAUUUGACCUCAUUCAGGAAUUUAUAAUUGCUUCUUCAUAUUGGAGCAUCUAUCCAGAGACAAGUAACAUGGAUAAACUCUUGCCAUACUCCUCACUGCUCACUUGGGAUACAGAAAUUCCUGGAAUAACCCUUGUGACAGAAGAGAUUCCGUUGCCUCUUAUGAAGGUGCAUAGCUUUAAGGGCUACUGGGAAAAACUGAACUCCAACCUGGAAUAUGUUAAGUACUCCAAGCCACACUUACACUAUAACAACAGCGUGGUCAGGAGAGAGUGGCACAGCCUGAUCUCGGAAGAGAAAAAAGGAAAAAGAAGGUCCACGGUGUAUGUGAGAAAUAUUCUUGAUAAUGCAAUAAAGGUGAUUUCUAACCUAGAAGCAAGGAAUUUGGAGCCAAGAUUAACACCCCUCUUCCAGGAGGAAGACAACCACCAGCGGCUGCUUAUGGGGCUGAUGGUAUCUGAGCUAAAAGACCAUCUUUUGAGACAUCUACAGGGUGUAGAAAAGAAGAAAAUUGAACAGAUGGUUCUGGACUAUGUUUCAAAACUGCUGGAUCUCAUUUGCCAAAUACUGGAAGCCAGUUGGAGGAAACAUAAUCUUCAUCCCUGGGUUCUCCACUUCAAUAGGCGGGCGAGUGCUGCUGAAUUUGCGGUCUUUCACAUCAUGACCAGGAUUUUGGAAGCUACUAACAGUUUGUUUUUACCUCUGCCUCCUGGUUUUCACACUCUGCACACGAUCCUUGGUGUCCACUGUCUGCCUUUGCAUAACCUGCUGCAUUACAUUGAUAACGGAGUGUUGCUUCUCACAGAAACAGCUGUCACAAGGCUCAUGAAAGAUCUGGACAAUACAGAGAAAAAUGAAAAAGUAAAGUUCAGCAUCAUUGUGCGGCUUCCUCCGCUUACAGGUCAGAAGAUCUGUCGACUUUGGGAUCAUCCUGUGAGUUCUAACAUUAUUUCCCGGAACCAUGUAAAGCAACUGCUUCAGAACUAUAACAAACAGCCCCGGAGUUCUAUGAUGGACAAGUCAUCAUUCAGUGUAGAAUUUCUGCCUCUGAACUACUUCAUUGAAAUACUGACAGAUAUUGAGUCCUCCAAUCCAGCUCUGUAUGCUUUUGAAGGACGUGACAACGUGGACGCAAAAUUCGUAGAAGAAGCAGCUCUGAAACACACCACGAUGCUUUUAGGCUUAUAAAAGGGAAAAUGCAGUUAUAUCAGCUUCCAGUAUUUUUCUCUUGCUCGUUAGCUCUACUUCUGUUGAGAAUUCUUUAGCAAUAUUUUAAACUGGUAACCAAAAUCAGAAUACAUUGUUGAGCCAUCUGAAUUUCAGUUUAGUACUUUGUUCAGACAGAACUAGACAGUCAAGUGUAGAGAAAUGGCAGCCAGUCCAAGGGGGCAUAAAGUGGCCUAAGUGAUGCUCUUCCUAGUGGCUGAUCUUCCUAGCGCUCUCAUAGGCCAAAAGCUAGUUUCUAUUAUACUCUGAAAUAAAAUAUACUUUAAAAAUGUAGGAACAGUGCUUAGAAAAUCAAAAAUUGGCUGUGUCACUGAAAAUAGCAUAUGACAAGCAGAAAAAUUACAAGUUGUAGAAAAAUUCUAUUUUGGAAAUUAGAUACUUUUAAAAAAACUGAAUUUGGACUAAGUCAAAUCUGCUAAUUCUAGUAGGGAAUAAUUUGCAAAAUACAAUAAUUUAUACAUACAUAGAGUAGGAUUUGUCUUCGUGAACGUUCAGAUGGAACUGUAUUUAAUAUUAUAAAGUUAUUUUUAUAUUUAUAAAAGUUUGAUUUAGUAAUAUGUUGUCAUUUAAAAAAAACACUGAAAGUUUUAGCCUAACUCCUUUGUUCUUUGAACAUAGCCUUUUAUUCCCACCAAGAAUCAUGACUCCAUGAACAUGUUCCCCCAAAGACCCACAUGACACCUAACGAGUUCUCCCACUUUUCUUUUUUUUUCCCCUCUCUCUUCUACAGUGACGUUCUGACCAUAAAUACAGUUGACUCCUGGGGUAAGCCCAAAACCCUUUGCUUUCUUCUCUUCACACCGUUUCCCUCAUUGAACUUGUGAAAUUUUAAAGAUUACAAAUAUCACUAGCCAGUAUAAUAAUCCAGCUUUUCUAAAAUCAUCAUUCUAAAAAUUAUCCUCUCCUCCAGAAUUUCCCAUUUAGGUCAAAUAUUUCAUGGUCACUGAAGCUCAGAGUCUUGGAGCCAUAUCAGCAAGGCGGUGCUGGUUUUUCCUCUUGAUAAGGUCAUUAUUUUUCAUCACCCUACGCUUUCCUCUUCACACCCGGGUUGUUUCUGCUGCUUUCUGAAGUCUCAUUCAUCUGAUGCAUAUUAGAGAUAAACACUACUUUGAUCCUGCCACCCCUCUGCUCAUAAUCCUUCAGUGGCUUGCCAUUUAUUACAGGAUAAAAUCCAAACUCUUUGACAUUCAAGAUCUCCCAAAUUCUGGCCUUAUACACUUCCCCAAUACGAACGUCCUGUUCCAACCAGCCUCGCUCACUGGGCCUUGAACAGAACUUUUGUCUUCUUACUUCCAAGUCUUGCUCAGGCGAUUUCCCCCUCCUGGAAUCCCCUCCACUUACUAAAAUCUUAUUUAUGCUUCAGGGCCAGAUAAAAAGUUCCAUCUGACUGUGAUCCCUGGCCAUUCCAGUGCACAGUGGCAUGUCACCCUCUGGACCAGUAGCACACGUUGUAAUAUUUAAGCAUCCAAACCUUUGUAAUUUUUAAAAAUUAUUUUUCCUUCCUAUCUAUUUAAACUUCCUGUGUGUUUAUUUUUUGAAUCCCUAAUUACUGAUCCUACAACACAGCAACUGUGUGUAAGUUUGUAGUAUUUCUUUGCAUUAAGCACACAGCUUACACAGCGUUACUUGUUAUAGGCUCUCUCAAGGAUUUGCUUUUUAAUGACUUCACAAAGCAGUCAGGUUAGAUUCAGGACUCCUAGACGGAGAAUGAGAUUCAAUUUCCCUCCAUUCUGUCUGGGUGGGGGCUUGGAACAGAAUUUGUUUGAUUUAGCAAAAUAAAUGAAUGUGAUAUUUCUCACUCCCAGAGUCAUGAAAUGAAAUUCAUAACUGAUAACAAUAUGAAAUAACAAUAGUUUGAGCAUGUUAAUGAAUGUAAAAUCACUGGUUUCAAAUCUACUUUUAUAUUUUUAUGUGAGAAAGUAAACAGAAUUAGCAAAAUAUACUUGGGUGAAAUACAAUAAUAUUAGAGUAAUGAAAUCAGUGGAACUGGCCUCAUUUUCUCUUUCACAUGCAAAAUUAUAAAUAUCUUCAUUGAAAUUUUGAAAAAUCUGGUAUCAGAACAAAGUAAUCACAAGUGUAUUUGCAUAUAACAUGGUGGAAAAUCUAGAUUUAUAAGAAAGAUAAAUUAGGGCAUAAUUGUUUUUGCCCAAAAGGAUUCUUUAUUUGUAAAAAGAAUCACUAUAACAUCACUUUAAAAAAGACAAGCUUCCCUACUGCUUUUCACUCAGUUUAGAUUUACUGACAUCAACUUGCAAUGCAACUAUUUAUUUAACAAAGUGAGUUACGCCCCUGCAGUACUUGGGCUAUUUUCCUUUUCAACCAUUCUUUCUUUUUCUUAAAAGUGGGUACAUUGAACAGGAUCUGCUUUUCUUUCUUUAAUAAACAAAGACCACUCUGCCAAUUUCUGUACUUUGCUGAAAAGGUAUUUAUUUUUAUUGCAUUUUUGUAGCACCCAGUCUACUAUAUAUUUCUGAAAUGUAAUCAAGAGAUAAAGUGAAAAAGAAAGAAAUUGGUGAGUGUGAUAGGAAGGAAGCAUAUGUUGUGGAUACUCUGUAAUUUAGAGCUGUUACGCUGACGUUUUCCAGCUGUGGAUGUGAAGAAGCCUGGUUGAAGCGCCUCCUUGAGAAGCCUGGGUUGGUUCACAUGUUCAGAUUUCAAUUGGCUUUAUAACAGGUUUCUUUAUGUGCCUCAUAUUGGCCCCAGGUUCACUGGGCUUAAAAGGAGCCAAAGCGCCGUACGGUUUUGGCAGAGGAAGAGUGGACUCUGCCUCUGGGAUGUAGGCAUUUGGACGCUGAUCCGCAGUUGUGUAAACACCACUGGGCAGCUGGCGAUUUUCUGCUUCCAAGAACUCCUGCAAAGAAUGAUUUAUCCUUUUCAGUUUUUGAAAACUCAGGUAAAGUCGCUUCGUCCUCAGGGCCCAUCAGACACAGCUGGGUCUGAGCAGCCUUCGGCUAUGCUUGCUGGCCGAUAUUCCCCAAAGGGACAAGAGGGUGUGAGGGUGCGUCACCAAACACGCACACCUGCACACACAUUUCGUCUCAUUGGAAUGACCCAUGUUGCUCAAGCAUCACUGUACUCCUGGGGUUUAGGGUUUACCAUAAACUGGUUGGUGGGACCUAAAUUUGGUACAUUCCAAACAGUAUCUUUCAUUAAACACUAAUUAUUUCCAUGUUUGUGACAAAGGCAGGAUAAUCUGUUUCCUUUGGUAGGUCACUGGUGAGCAAAUGGUACAAAGGAGGAGAUAAGGAGUAAAGUAGAACCAGUGGAGAGAAGUGGUCAGCGGCUUGCUUUGAGCCUCAAGAUUCUGCCUGUGUUUCUGGAAAACAGAGGAGUCUCUUAUAGCAUUAAAAAGAAUUUGAAAAAAUGGAGACAGGUAAAUGACAGCUGGGACACCACGGGUAAAGUCUGAAUGCCCUCAAGAAUAUAAUCCCAGGUAGCAUCCGAAUGACAUAUCAGACCCUGUUUUCAGGAAUUCAUAGUAUGUGUUUGGAAUGCACCCUUUUCUUGGGUUAGGGAGGGAAUGGUGAUCUUCUGGGGAUGUCUGCUCUGUAGUCUGAGAGUGAGUUAUAGGCCCCCAGGAUGUAGUCUCCUCAGAAAGAGAUGCCUAAUUCCACUCUAAGAUUAUCGAAAGGUCAUGGGAGUAGGAAUAAGAACUGAGCCCCCAGUGUGUAGGUGCUCAGUGACAGACUUAGGUCUUUGGUGGGAGAAGGGUGGUACUGAAGCCUAAUCGUAGCUUCUGCACCAGGUGCAGAGUCUGCAGAAGCCUGUGACAACCAUAAUACGCUUGAGGCCUCACAAUAUGCUGUGGUGGCCACAGCAGAUACAUUGAAGAGUAAAGUAUGGUCUGAGCCAGGGUGCAAAGACAGAGAUUAGAGACCUAGGGUAAAACCAGUGCCAGCCUGGUCAUUGCCAUGCCAAUGGGAGGUCCUGGUCUUCACCAUGCCAGCCCAGGAUAGAACACUGUGGGGUGGGACUUGAUGCCCACCCAGUGUUCUCCAGGGAAUAUUCUGACCCUUUGGACUGUUGUACUUUGCUUGCCUACGUAAUAUCUUAAAAAAGCAAAACUUAUUUCUAAUGACUUGCUGGGCCUAUGUGUGUGGUAGAGUAGAACAUUUUCAUAUAUUUUGGGAGGAUUGACAACCCCUGCAGCAGCCCUUCCCGGCACAUUUUACAAAUGCAACGCAGAAGCCAUAGCUUACCCGAGACUUUUCAGCGAUGGCCAAGGCAUACAUUUCUUCAUCUCGAAGUACUUUCAACCAUUCUCUCUCAAUCUCUUUAUUGAGGGGCAGACCCUUUUCCAUCCUGGAGUUGCAAGUGAGGAUGAAGUCUUCUUUCUCCUUGACUUCCUUUUGGAGUUCAAUGGUCAUAGCUUGUUUCAUGGACAGCUCAGCAACAAGAGCCAUCAUUUUUUCAGUAGCAUCUUUGAUCUUUUUCUGGUAGCCAUUCAUCUAGAAUUAAAAAGCCCAAGGCUUAGCCUAUGUAUACAUUCCAUGAAGACUUGAAGAAAAUGGCAGGCUUCUGGCUGUCUCUGAAGGUGGGCAUUCUUGCCUGAAGGAAGGAGAGUUUAAGUGGGAAUUCACAGAGAAUAAGAACUGGAGGAGACCUCAGAGAUUCAGCCCAACACCCUGGCUGUGAAAUAGGACAAGGAGGAGGGAGAAGAAAGAGAUCUGUUCAUCUAGUUACUGGAUUUCCAGGCUAAUCUCUCCGGGGCUUCCCCCAAUAAAUGAAGCAGUCUGUGGAAAAUGGAAGGUGAUAGAGGAGGAAGGACAGAAGAGAGGAGGCGGGGACUUGGGCAGACCUUCUUGGCUAAGAGCAGUGUGUCCUGCUUGCAGGCCUGCGUUUUGCUGCAGAGCCUGUCCGUGAGCCGGGAGACUUGUUCAUAGAUGAAAUCUUUCUCCAGCAACUUCUCCUCCUUCUUGGCCAGCCGUAGUUCCAGCUACGGUCGAAAAGAAUUUCAAUAGGAAAAAAAAGUCAUGCAAGUCAAAAUCUUUCCUAAUUAGAGCACUAUUUUCCCCCCUUAAUGAAGGGAGACUUCACUAAUGAACAUUAAUGACUCAAUGAACUGGACAAAGUCAAGACUUCCCCUCACCCCCUGACCCCCGCCCCCGAGAGCUGUGGCACUUCUUCCUCCCCAUGGCAAAGAAUGGCCCUCUCAGCUCCGUCUAGCUUCCACGUUGCCAUUCCUCUGAUAUGCUCCCAUCGGGAAGACAAAUUAAUCCAUUCACGAUGCCAGAAUUGCUCCUAUGGGCCGUGAGACAGAGAUGGGCAUUUUGAAAGCACUCAGGUUUUAACUUUUUUGGCAAGCAUCUAAAGUCAAGCUUAGGUUUCGUUACUAGAUUGCAAUGAAAGGACUAUAUUAGUGACUAGAAUAAUGAGGGAUGAAUCCUCAUAACAUGAAACUGUACCACAGAUAUCUGUGACACUGAUCAACAGGGGCUAAUUGAUGCUAUUUUAAGAAAGGACAUUUACCGCAUCCAUUUUUUUGAUCAUUUCUUCUUUGGUCAUAUCUUUCCCUGGAAGGAAGCGUGUUCUGUUCUCACCCUCAGGAUUUAUAAACUGUUUCUCCAGGUCUUUUAUUCUGUCUGUACACUGUGAAAACUAUUAAACAAGAAAGAAACAGUAACUUUGCUCAGUAAAUCUUAAAGUCACAUAGCCCAAUGUCUUUAGGGUCUUUCCAGGCAAAGGUGGAAGGGAAUUCUUAACACCCCAUCAGCUGGGACUUGUGGUUAAGCAAUGUUUCUACUCACAUGUGGUACAGAGAGGAAGAUGCCUGUUAACUGACUCUGCAAAGCAAGGCAGUGACUUCUGGGUCAUCAAAAAAAAGCUGACUUUACAACCAGUCCUUUUAUUGCUUCCCAUUUUGUGUUAUACUCCCGGGAUGCUGUGUGGUUGCAGAGCUCCGACUAUACAGACUUGACCUCUUUAUUGCAUGUUGUUACAGGGGCCAAGGCAGACAGCACAGCAUACAGGGUACACAACAUACUAGACUCCAGUUUAAAACCCUUUGCUGGCAAUAGGCUUAAUGGCUUCCCAAAGAAAAGUAAAAUUCUUAAUUACUAGGUCAACACAGUGUACAGUCUGUGAGGAAUAGCCCGAACUAUUUGUAUCUUUUUUGGUAAACACCCAAUGUAAUGUGUUAUAUAUUCAACUAUAUUUGUUGACUCAGUGAGACUUUGGAGGUGGAUGAAGAAAUACAGAAAUUCUCAAGCAGGAGUGGCAGCCACACUUAGCUGUUUUGUAGGGAGGGAUGUGGAACACAGUGAAAACCAAGCUAUCACCUUUAGCUUUCCUACUGAAAGUCUGUAUAAUCGCAGGCAAAUCAUUUAUCUUCUCUAAACCUUAGUUUCCUCAACUAUCAAAUGGGAAAAUAAGUCCCAAACUCAUGGGAUUGAUCCAUUAAACGAGAUAAUAUAUUUAGAGUACUUUAAAUUUUUAAACUUAUUCUCCUCCUCCCGACAAAAAGAAUUUCAAAUGGUGACGUGAAUACUGUUUUUCUUCCUGUCUCUCCACACUUAAUUGCCCUUAAUAGGGAGUUAAUAACGUAUCCAUGUAUGUGUAUUUGUUGUAUUUGUUACUAACAACAUUUAAUGUCUCCUUUUGUUAAUUAGGAAAUUAGAUAAGAAAAGAUAUAUGGUGCUUGCUUAUCAAAGUGACGCCUUGAUUGAUCUUAUUUCCCCGUGGGCCCUUGAGGAAAAACCGUAUCCUUUUUCGAUAUAAAAUAGUGCUCUUGUGUCCGAAAACAGUUCACAGGACUUCCAGGAGCCCUAAAAACAGGCUAUUAUUACAAGUAAAAUAUUGCAGGAAAAUGUGACUUAUGAUAAUCCUUGGACGAUUAAAAACUUUCAAGCAACCAAAAAAAAAGCAAACCUUAAGAGAAUUCUGAAAGUGAUACAAAAAAGGGGAAGAUUGAAAAAAAAACACAAAACACUGUAGCUAUAACAAAUAACAGGAUAUGACGGAGAUCUGGCACUAAACGGCAAGGUACAAAAACAGCUUGCUUGAAGCUUGAAAUUUCACACGGUGUCCUUCAAAGGGCCCAUGUGAUUAGUGCUGAGUAUACAAUUAAAUAAUUAGGUGCAGUCUGAAGACUAAUGCGAAACUUUCUAUUCCACUGUUCUUAAGCUUAGAACUAACUCUGGUAGAACACGGAGCUGAUGAUAACACACAGUCCCUAUGCUUCAAUUCAUAUGCAGUCAGAAUGAUAAAUGCUCACACCAGGCAGGGUGUACUAUCAUUGAAUGCAUAGUAUUUUCCUCUUGGGUAAACUGAAUUCAUAUUUUAUACCGGAUUACUGGUUUUAUAUAAUAAAUGCUAAGUAUAUAUAUAUAUUUUAAGAAGAACCAAUUUUAUCUAUUUUAAUCUAUUGAAUAGAAGUAUUAAUUUGCAAUUAACACAAGUAAAAUGCUUCCAUAGUACAGAGUGAAUUUUUUCUGUUGUGGAUCUUACUGGAUUUAAAGUCCUUUUGUUCUGCUGGGCAUGUUGAUCAUGUAGCAUGGGCGAAGAUGGCCUUGAAAGUGUGUUCUGGGAAAGACCUGGAGAGAGCCGAAUUAUUCUGUAAAACGGAGUGAGACGAGUGUGGGGUGCCUGGGGCGCAACAUGGACAGUAGGGCUGUGGAGGGGAGAUGGGGGGUGAAAGAUGGAAAGACAAGCCAGUGAAAUGGAACUAGGCUAGGGUGUUGCAUGGGGUAGUACACCUGGGGGACUGUUCCCAGUGGUGGCGUGGGAAGGCAUACUUGUCUGAUACUUCAUUUGAAGUUCUUUGCAUUUCUUUAAUGUACCCCCUCACACUGGUGCCCCAAUUCUUCAAUAAAGUCAGUUCACAGGCCUGGCAUGAAUGGUCUUGUGUAGGUGUAGGCGGAAGUUGGAACCAGUCCCGAGUCUGCACUGAAGUGGCACAGAAGUGGCCCAGGCACUGUGUGUCAGGAUGAUGAGCGGAUCCCCCAAAGGAACCACUAAUUGGAAGCAGGAGUCAGAGCUGCAGGAAUCCUGGGGAGGCUUUGUGGGAGACCUGGGGGAGGCCUGGGGGAUGUUCCAGCCAGUCCAUCUAAUUCAGGGCUACACUUGUUGAAGAAGUGAAUGGGAGAACAUAUGGCUAAAGAAACAAACACUGGAAUCAAAACCUUACCAUAUUUGUGCAAAAUGAAAGAUCCUAUCGUCUGUAUAGCAUAUUACACGUUGAAAUGCCAUAAAAUAUGAAAGUAGAACCAUCAUUCAGUUCCAUAAAGUCCUGUGAAUCCCAUGACAUGAUUAAAUUAAAAAAAAAAUGACCCCAAACUGUGUCUAUAGCAUGAGCUAAUGAAAACCAUUUACUUGUAAACCUAGAAAACGACCUAGAAACGGUCCAGAUUUCUGAUAAUUUUAAUAGUGAUUAUAUGUUGGGGAUAGAAUUUUUUUCUUUAAAUUUUUUGUAUUUUUUUCAAAACUUCAUUAACAGAGUAUGUCUUAAUUUUAUAAUCAGAAAAAAAUCUGAAAGCAAACCUGACAUUUUAUUAUUAUUUUUAAAUUUUUUGGCCACACCCCAUGGCAUGUGGGAUCUUAGUUCCCGGACCAGGGAUGGAACCCACACCCCUGCAUUGAAAGGUGGAGUCUUAACAGCUGGACCACCAGGGAAGUCCCUAAACCCGACAUUUUAGAAAACAUGUUAUAGGUUAAAAUGUAUUCCAGCUACACUGAGUCAAUGGAUAAAAGUUUAGGCCACGAAUUGUUUAGUUUAAUUUUUUCUUCUGUUUUCAUUAAGAAAAAAGUAUAAUUAUUACAUGUGAAGAAAAUGGCUUUAUAUUUAUGGUUUUAUUUAUUUACUUGCUGUUUUAUGUUUAAAUUUUAUGACUUUAUUCCACUUUUAAAAAGGCCAUGUCAGAGGCCAAGUUAUUAAAUUACAGGGAAACUACAGGGGUUAAUAAGGAGUCUAAUUAUAUGCGAUUACCCAUUAAUAAGAAACAACAAUCUUGGUUCUAGAAUUUCAAAGAGAAUCAAAAAUAAGAGAGCUAGGGCUUCCCUGGUGGCGCAAUGGUUGAGAGUCCGCCUGCCGAUGUAGGGGACACGGGUUCGUGCCCCGGUCCGGGAAGAUCCCACGUGCCGCGGAGCGGCUGGGCCCGUGAGCCAUGGCCGCUGAGCCUGCGCGUCUGGAGCCUGUGCUCCGCAACGGGAGAGGCCACAACAGUGAGAGGCCCGCGUACCGCAAAAACAAACAAACAAAAAAAGAGAGCUAGAUGGUCUGCAGGAUCUUUCCAGCAAGCAUCAAAAACAUAAUUAUGAAUAAAAAUAAAAACAAACCAAAAAAAACCCCAAUUAUGCUGGCCGUAGUGAAAGCCUGGCUUACUGAAGUUUUGAGCUCUGAAGCAGCUGAGUUAGAGCUGAGAUUUGGGGAGGUCUAAAUUCCAAGAAAGGCAGAAAGUGCUUCAUGGGGGAUAAAAAGAUAAUCUGUAGCUCAGAUGCCUGAAGCACAGAUUCUACCCUGGAGCAGUGUUCAAAGGCAUUUUUAAACAGGACAUUUAACUCAAGAGUUCUUGUAGGUACCAGGAGUAGCAUGGCUUGAUUUACAUGUAAGAACUUAUAUGACCUACAAAGCAACAAAGGAGGAAAAAAAAAGAAGACAGCAGCAGAUGUUCCCAGGACGUGUGUCGUCAACACUUUUCCCACCUGAAUCUGGAGCACUGCUAGAUCAGCAUCCAGAGCCCUCUUGGCUGGCAGCAAUUUCCGGGUCACGUGAAUCUGUCUUUGCUUCUCCGCAAUCUUCACUUUCAGGAAUCGGAUCUUCUCUUCCAGGACGUGUAUUUCAAUUUCUCCAUGUAGCUUCAUCUUCUCUUGGAUAUUUAUUUUUUCAUAAAAAAUGCACACUUCCUCUUCCCGCUCUAUCAGCUGAACACCACUAUGGUCAGAUUGAGAGGCAGAGGCUAAGAAGAUGUUGAGGCCACCGUUUUACUAGUCACUGUGGUUCUCUCUGGAUUUGGGUGCAAAAUACACAUCAACACUGCGUGAUUCCAGGAGACAAUAGAUAUUCACUGUUGGCUUUCUAGUUAAACUCCACAUUUUGAAUUUUUCUGGGCAUGGGAGAGAGAGGGUUGUGUAGAAUCUGGACUCUGAGCUGACCAUGUCGUUGGCCGGCCACAGUAUCUCUGCAAGUCCCAGUGGUCCUCCUGGGGUGGAAAAGAAUGUCACUCCCCACGCAUGAACGAUGUGAUCCCAGGGUCUGAUUUUCUGCAGACCCUUUUCACGGGCCAGACCUGCCAGCCGAGGGCUGGCCAGAAGUACCCAGGCAGGGGGCCAGGGAAUGCGUUUCUGGCAGCUAUUCUGUUCUAUCUAACUUGCCAGGACCAUUAGGCUCUUUUAAAGUUAAAUAUUUCUGAUGUACAUUUCCCCAUAAACAGGCAAAUCCCCAUGAUUAUAGCCCUUUGUAAUCAUGCCAGAGGAAAGACCCCUCCUUGUGAGGAGACUGUGGGGAAGAAACAAAGUAAGAAUUUUCUAAUUCCAGCCCCAGAACUGACCAGGGCCUGGGAGCACACUGUCUAAAUGCUUUGGUUUGUGCCAGGAGCCAAAUAAGAGGACUUUUUUUUUUAUUUCCCCAGAGAGAACACCUGCCAGCCCUUUGAAAAAGUGGUGUUCGUCACACCCUGAAGUUCUUCCCCCACACCGUGUGUAUCCAUUAUCCCCAAGUGCAUCUUUAAUUGCUUCUAUCUCUUUCCCUGUCUCUCCUCCCUCAAAACAUGUGUGCCCAGGGGUGUAUGUGGCUAAUCUUAGCUCUGUAUUUUGUUUCAUUUGCCAUUCACUGGCUCAUCUCAUGAGCUGCUUUAUUCUCUUGACAACAGAAGCCAGGUGUGAUGCGUUACCACCUUUUAGAACUUUCAGGGCCCAGCACUUAACACAGAACACAGCCUUACACAGAACAGCACACAAUCAAGGUUUGAGGGAAAAAAAUCUAAUACCUGAUGUAAUUACUACAGGGCUCUACAAUCUCAUGCACCAGAUUUCUCAGAACACAAGCAACUUGGGAAAACUGUUAAGUAGUAAUCAAUUAAUAAUAUUAUUAUAGCUGGGAGAAAUAAUGCUACUCUUGCUGAGAAAAUGAACUGGGUGAAUGGCUUAAUGAAUAAACCUGUUGCCCAAGUGAAUACAAGUUCCAAAGACUUAUUUAUGUCAAUUAUACUGAAAUAAUUUGAUGGUAUCCUGAUCCUGAGUGGUAGCCUGGUAAAGGACUUUGAUCCUUAAGCGAGCAACUUGCCAAACCCUACUCUUGGCUGUCUUUCUUACGAGGACAGAGUUUCUUAUUUUCAGGGAAAGCACACAGCCCCCUCCCCGCCCUGCAAAGGCUGAUGAAACCUGAGUGUCAAAUGUCCCUCACUAUCCCCUGUCAAGUCUAGAGAAAAAUGUGCAACAUUUCUAAAUCGGAUCUCUGGGUGCUUUGCUCUCCCAUUAGGUUCCUGGUUUUUACCUUUCAUUUCGACGCUGAACGGCUUUUUCGUAUUUUUUGCGAAGCUGCGCCAUCUCCUUUUCAAUCACUGUGAUCAUGUUGUCAAGUCUGUCAGUGUUAUUUAACUGGGCUUCCUUCUUCUCUUUCAUUUCCUGAAGUUUUGCUACCAUUUUGCACACAUCGUUUUGCAUGCUUUCUCUGAUGGUAAUGUUGUUGGCAUGCUUCAGCAUAGAAUUUUGUAGCUUUCUUUAAAAAUAAUGGGAAAAUGGGUACGAAUAUAAUUUCCUUUAGUUUCUUUAAAAACAAUAAAGACUUCUGAAACACAAGCAGUAUCAAGGUAGCUCUUGAUUUAGUGUGUCCCUUGAAAUGACAAUAGUAGUAACGAUAUUCAUCACAUGAUACUCUUCAGGAACUUCUGUAAUUUCCCAGGUCUCCGAUUUGCCCUUAUCUGGAUUAGGACAGCUUUCCUUUGUGCCCCAAGUGUCUGCUGCCCCGAUUUAUCAAAGCAAGAGACUUAAGUGAUUCAUUUAGUGCUCUGUCAUCCCCAGGAGACUCUGCUAUCUUGAGGGUGGAGGCGGUUAUAUCUGACAAUGUCCACUGGACCUAAGGUAGUGCCUGACUCAAUAUAGCAUCACAAUAAAUGCUGAAUGAAUGCAUGGCCUCUAUAAAUGAUAUUUUACUUUCAUGUAGGAUGAGAAACUGAUUAGGAUGUUAGAUUUGCCUUUUCAUACCAAUCCCCUCACACCUCUACUCCCACCCAACCCCCCUCCACUACCCCACACACAAGAGCCCGUUUUGUAAUAUCUUUAUAAAAGGAAACUGGGCAAUAGUGGCCACCAGAAAAAGUUCAGGUUGUAUAGACUCUGUGGAUCAGGGACUAAAUACAAGUGAAAGAUUCUACCAGAUCUUGGCACACGGUAAAUAAUAAAGUUUAAAAAGACAACCAUUGGAUUAACUCAUUUAAUAACAAAAAGUCCUAUAUAAAGGACUAUUUCUAUGGGUAAAAAAAGUGAGCCCAGAGAGCUAGCAUAGCUUACCCAAGAUCACACAGCUAAUGAGUGGCAGGGCUGGGGUUUGGGUCUCGAAAGCCCCUUCUCUUAACCACCCCGCCAUACUGCCUCACAUAAGCUCAUUAGAUGCUUCACACCUACAAUCAUGGGAUGCUGGUUUAUGAACAUUUGAGUGUCUUCUAACAUUAAAUGCAAACUGUCAAAUUUGUGCUUUUAUUUGUAGAUGAGUAAAUGAAAAUGAAGUGAGCAUAGUUACAGAGUAUAGUUUUCCAUCCACUUAAAUAUGGCUCCCAAACAGAAGCAUAAGGAAUCACAUUCAGAUGCUUGUCAGCUGUAAAGUGGGGUGUGUGAGCAAGGGCUUUUCUAAGUUUUGUAAAAGACUUAUUUUCUAUUUCAUCAUCCCCCAGGGUACUUUAUCACUUAAUGACUCCGAAGAGAAACCUUUGAAAGGACAGUAGUUAUUAGAACACUUACCUGUCUUGAGUAACUGCACUAUUUCUUAAAAUUUCCAGUUCAUUUAAUGACAUUUUAUGCCUUUCUUUUAUUUCAUUGACUUUCUGGUGAGCUUUGUGAAGUAGGUUAAUAAAUUUGUUUCUUUCAUUUCGAAUAGUGUCAUACAGUUUAGCAAACUCUCUGACUCUGUGAAAAUACAAGUGUUUUUGAAAUUUGUGAAAUAAAUAGGUUUUUCUUCCCCCAGCCAACUAGAUAAGUCCUCAUGUAAUUCUUUUACCUCCGAUGAAUUUCUCGUUUUUGCUUCCUGUGUAUCCGGAUUUCAAGAUCCUUUGCUUUGAUCUCCCUAGCAAUGUUGGCAUAUUUUUGCUGAAAUAUAGAAAUUAAUAGUGAGAUUUUAAAAAUAGUCUACCACCAACAGCAUAUGGAUACU